CCACAUGCUCUCUCUCCUCCUCUUUUCCAGCAUCCUCGUUUGGUAGGUAGAUGGAGAAACUGACCUGCUGUGAUGGAGAUGACACGACAAUUAGCUGCUCAUAUUUGACGCUCGGAAUCUCAUGCAGCGGCAGCAGCAGCAGCAGUUGUGAUGGCCUCACAGGUACCGGCUUGCUUGGAGGCCACGACGGCAAGGUGGCGGCAGACGUGGCCUCGCCUGGGAGACGUUUAUAUAAGGCAUCGGCUAUCCCCUCGAGUGCCGGAGGCACGGCUGCAGGGGAGCCCGUCUUGGCUGCGCCAGUAGUACCGACAGCCCAUGCUUUUGGGAGCCAGGGAAUGGGGAAGGCGUGCGUCAAGUACCGAGGAGUGAGGCAGCGGCCCUGGGGGAAGUUCGCGGCGGAGAUAAGGGACUCAACUCGGCACGGCGCCAGACUGUGGCUGGGCACAUUCGAUACGGCGGUGGACGCCGCGCUCGCGUAUGACCGCGCAGCCUUCGCUAUCCGGGGCUCCAAGGCUCAACUCAACUUUCCGAUGCUUUUCCACGGCGGCAGACCGCUUAAAUGGGUGGCGCCUCCUACUCCAUCUGCGGUGAUGGGGGAACGGAAGCGCCGGAUGGCGACGAUGAUGAGGAGUCAUGAGGGAAUGAAAGAGAAGGCUUCUGCGCCACCGCGGGCAUCUUAUGACGCAACCGGAGGCUGGAUGCAGUUUUGCAAGGGGAAAAGGAACGAGUAGAACGGUGGCCUAGCUCUUUUGUGGGGGCGUCGUCCUCGCUUCCUUCGUCCACGACCUUAGUCAGUCGUAUCUUUUCGUUUCCUUUGGAAGCCCAUGGCGUUCGUACGCGCUCAUUUUUCUCGUCUCUCUUCCUCAUGAUUGCCUCUGUAUGCUUUCGGAUCACUUUCGUUGAGAUGACUGACAUUGGUCGGAUCAUUUUUCCUCCGA